UUCGUAACAAUUUAUAUAGUGUUCCUGCUUUCCUGCUGUGCUCAUGAACCUUUUCUUGAAGAUUCUAGGCUCUUAGACAGUAUCAUUUCUUCUGUACAGUGUUAAAUAGCCAUUUGUUACCCAGUACAAUACCAAUGACUUGUUCCAUAUUUUACUUACAUUUUCAUUCUGUAUGAAGUCUAAAAGAAGAAAAGUUUGUGAAUUGAGCAGUAGUGAAGAGGAAAAGGAGGAGAUUAGCAGACUAAAUAAAGACAACGGUGGUACAUUUAUCUGUUUCAGCUAAUGUGGUCUCACAGGGCUUACACUUGGUCUCAGUGUAUAGACUGAGCGUGUGUGUGUGUAUGUGUGUGCGUGUGUGCGUGUGUGUGUGUGUGUGUGUGUGUGUGUGUGUGUGUGUGUGUGUGUGUGUGUGUGUGAGCCAGUAAGAAACAGAUGCUGAAAGAGAGAUAUCUGAUGAAGGUCUUUGGGUACUUCAAAUUGGAUUCUGUCCUUGAGUUGUCUCCAAAGAAAAUGAGUUAUUCAUCUAUGCGGAGCAUGUUGUCUUGAUUAGCCCUCAGUAUGAAGGUACAGAUGAUCAUAUGGACUAGAGAGCUGAGUGCUGACAUUAGUGGAGACUGACACUUCUGUGUUAAAGCGCAGCUGUUCACUAGCAGGAUGGGUUGCAUUUGCAGUGAUGAGAAUAAACAUAAAGAAAGACACCACUCAAAUAACAAUUCAGCAGCCGCCUAUAACUCCCAUCAAAGCGCACACAGUGGGGCAAACUUUGAUGAAGACAUUGUCAUUGCGCAACAUGAUUUCAACCCAACCAACGAUAGCGACCUUCCAUUUAAGAAAGGAGAGAAACUCAAGAUAAUACAUGAAAAUGGGGACUGGUGGUUGGCUAAAUCUCUGAUUACUGGGGAUGAGGGAUACAUACCAAGCACGUAUGUUGCCCGAGCUCACACACUGGAGGUUGAAAAAUGGUUUUUCAAAAAUUUGAGCCGCAGACAGACAGAACGUCUUCUGCUAGCCCCGGGGAACAGGAUCGGCUCAUUUCUCGUAAGAGAGAGCGAGACAACUCCAGGUGCUUUCUCCCUUUCUAUAAGAGAUGUGGCACCAGAGCAUGGUGAUGUAGUCAAGCACUAUAAGAUCCGUACACUUGAUAAAGGUGGAUACUACAUCUCCCCCUCCCUGACCUUCACGUCUCUGCAGGAACUAAUACAGCAUUACUCAAGAUCAGCAGAUGGUCUGUGUCAGAGGCUGGGAAGCCCCUGUAGAUCUGCUGCUCCUCAGAGGCCCUGGGGUGAGGAUGAGUGGGAGAUCCCAAGGGAAACAUUAAAGAUGGUGAAGAAGCUGGGUGCUGGGCAGUUUGGAGAGGUCUGGAUGGGAUACUAUAAAAACAACCAGAAGGUGGCCAUUAAGACUCUAAAAGAGGGCAGCAUGGAGCCAAAGGCCUUCCUGCAGGAGGCUAAUCUCAUGAAGAAGCUGCAGCAUGAAAGACUGGUGAAACUGCAUGCUGUAGUCACAAAGGAACCCAUCCUCAUAGUCACAGAGUUCAUGGCAAAUGGGAGCUUAUUAGACUUUCUGAAAACGGACGAUGGCAGAAAACUAAAACUGCCCAAGCUGAUAGAUAUGGCAGCUCAGAUUGCAGAGGGUAUGGCCUUUAUAGAAAGAAAAAACUACAUUCACAGAGACCUUCGCGCUGCCAACAUAUUGGUGUCAGAAACCCUGCAUUGUAAAAUAGCUGACUUUGGCCUGGCCAGGAUUAUAGAGACUGAGUACACGGCACAGGAAGGUGCAAAGUUUCCAAUUAAGUGGACCGCUCCAGAAGCGAUCAAUUUUGGGACGUUCAGCAUCAAGUCAGAUGUCUGGUCCUUUGGCAUUCUCUUGACUGAGAUAGUAACCUAUGGAAGAGUGCCUUAUCCAGGAAUGACGAAUCCGGAGGUGAUCCGUAACCUGGACAAGAGGUACAGAAUGCCAUGUCCAGAUGACUGUCCUGAAGAACUCUAUGACAUAAUGAUGGCAUGCUGGAGAGAAAAGGCAGAGGACAGACCCACUUUUGAGUACCUGCAAGACACACUCAAUGACUUCUACAUUGCCACUGAGGGCCAGUAUGAGAUGCAGCCAUAGCUCCCGCAUCCGGUCCAAACAGACAAAUGGAUAGGAUACAAGGAAAAUUAUGGCACUCUUUGGAAUUUAGUUCACAGGCCCUCAUGCUUUUGAUAUUAUAUCCAAACCAUGACAUACAAUUUACAAAUAUGAUGUAUAAGAUUUCAUUUUUGUUCAGGAAAGCCUUGAGUAACUAAUUCAGUUAAUGGCUUUACCUUUGGGACAAUAUUCAUGUACUAUAAGCACAUUCUGGACACAUCAUGUUUGCACAUUUUGCAACGUUGAGGUCAUGCACCAACUGUGGCACUUUGAAGAAAAGGUGUGGAUCAUCAUUAUUACUGACCUGCUAAUGUGCACAUCAAUCCGUUGUCUCCUUAAAGAUCUGCCAGGUGUGGCACUGCAGGGAAACAGAAACGCUUCAGCAAGGAUAUCACUGAAGUUUAUCACUGAAGAGAUUUAUUAGAUUUUAUAUACAUGUAUACAUUUAGCAAAUUUCAAUAUAUCUGUGAUGUCUUUUUCUAGUUAAAUGUUUUAAAGUUAACUAUACUCAAAUGUAUUAAAUUAAAAAGCAUGGAACUGAAGUUGGCCUGUAGCGUAAAAUAGCCUGUGAACGAACCAUUGUGAACUUAUGCCAAAGCAGAACAAUAAUCAGUUAAUUUUCUGAAUAUUUGCUAUGUAACAUUGUAAUCUAAUGUAUCAAGACCAUAACAUAUUUUGAAAAAAAAAAAACCCCAAACAAACAUUGAAAGAUCCAUUGGCAGUGUUAGCACGUAUAUUUUAGUAGUAUCUACUACCUUAAGUGUCUCCUUCUUUGUAAAACCAUAUAUUUCCAAUACUAUUAUUAUUAUUAUUAUUAUUAUUAUUAUUAUAUUUAC